CACUGAUAAGUACGUCCGUCCUUGACGCAAUACUUUGUACCUCUAUUGACGUACGAGGGAGUUCUCUCUAGUAGCAUCGUACCUACGUUGCAUUUUAGACUGCCGCUUCUCUGCACGCCAUGCCUUCUUCACCCUCCUCUACCCCUCCAGCAGAGGAGACAACUGCGUCCAGCUCCGCCGUCUCCCCAGACACUACCGCUGCAGAGGCAAGACCUCGGCAAGUCGAUCCUUCGGACCCCUCCCGAACAGUCGCCUACAAGAAAGCAAACACGCCUUUUCUCGCUCACGCACGCUUCAAGGCGCAGGAGGCGGAGCGACGCAGGGAGAAGAGGAGACAAAAAGGCCUGCCAGAGGACGGGGAUGAGGAGGAAGAGCCCUUGGAGCUGCCUGGCCCUAGGACGGUGCUCAAGUGGAUGCUACUGAUUCUCAUUGCGGUGCUGGCAAUGGGACAAUUCGUGACGGGCGACGUGCUGUAUGGCUACAAGGGCAAGUGGAGGAACCCCAAGAAGUGGAUCCCAGUGCGGCAAAGGGUAUUCACACCGGCCGAGCUAGCCAUGUACGAUGGCACUGAGCCCUCACGGCCCAUCUACCUUGCGGUCAUGGGCAAUGUGUAUGACGUGACCAAGGGCAGCAGCACCUACAAGCCUGGCGGAAGCUACUCAUUCUUUGCAGGCAAAGACGCCUCGCGGGCAUACACGACGGGGUGCUUCAAGACGCACCUGACGCAUGACCUUAGGGGUCUGUCUGAGGAUCAAGUCGAGCAAGUGCGAGGGUGGGACACCUUCUUUGCCAACAACCCAAAAUACUUUAAAGUUGGCACUGUUCGAACACCUGCGAUCAAUCCCAGCGCCCCGAUCCCGGAGCCAUGUUGAGAUGGAUGGGUGUCCAGAGACCGUACCUUUGCACAGUCAUAGUUGAAAUUGCAAAGGACCAACAUUGUGUCUUGUGAUCUGCGCCCACUUCUGCUACACUGCUACUACGAUACAUCAAUGUCUUCCAUCUCCUCGUCGUCGUCCUCCUCUUCUUCCUCGAACUCCUCCUGCUCUUCCUCUGCUUGUUCGUCUCCACCAACCUCUUCUUGUCCUGCUGUACCAUCCCC